AAUUUGUAAGGGUAUAAGUAAAUGGUGUUGUUAUUCAUUAAAUGGCAGUCGUUCAUAUGACAGGGUAGUGCAACGUGAAAAAUGAUUUUGCAUUGUUUGUUGGUGUUAUUGUUUUCAUCUGCAUCCACAUCUGAUUCUUCGGCUGCCUUCAACUUUGAUUAUCCCAACCUUAAAGAUGAUGUCUAUGAGCAACCAGUCAAUUUAUUAACGCCGAAGAAAACACCUCAUGAGAAGAGUGUGCCAGUCGACCGCAUACAGAUCAAGUCGGGUGCAGAGUCCUGGGCACCAUAUGAUUUCUCAAAGUUGGAGUGGUAUCUCAACAACGAGGCAGACGAUGCGCGACAAAAUAACAGGAUAAAGAGGAGAGCCAAGCAGAGGCGACGUGGCCGAGGUGGCAGGCGUCGGGGGGCACAAACUACCACACCUAUAUACGAGCCAAAGAACAUCAGCACCACAGAAGUGCCGGUGGCGAGGCGUGGAGACUGGGAUCUAAGACAGGCUGCGCGUAAACGCAAAAAGAGCAAAAAAGAGAAGCCAAAUUACGAUACUUACGACCCGCCGAUCAGGGAGUGGGAGAGCGGCUUCGUGGAGAUGCCGAAGGACCUAUACCAAGCACACUUGAGGCCGGGUGUCAUCUUCAGGAUACACAUGGCAGAAGCUAUUCUCAAAAUGCAGUACAGAAAUUACGGUGAAGACAAAGACGAGUCGGUAAUCGAAGCGGACGUGGAGUACCUGCGGCUCACGCGGAAGGUGAUCAACGACGAGAUCACUAAGUUCGAGGACCUCAAGUGGCUUAUCGGCUGGUUCAAUAACCGCUCCGAGCUCAUCCACGAGCACAUGUGCAACACCAGAUACUUCGCCGUCGGCACCCCGCCCACGAUGUUCACGCACUCAGAAGAGUACAUGAAGCGCGCGUGCUUGUUCGACAACGUGUACAUCGAUCACGUGCCGUACGUGGUAGGCGAGGACAGUUCGCUGAUGGCUGCCGUGGCGCCACCGGUUCUGCACUGCGACGCCGCCGCCUGCACUUCCGUACCCUUCAUAGACAGCAUAAUGUUCGAGGAGCGACUGCCGCGCUCGAACGUGCGCACGGUGACGCGCUGCCAGGCGAGCUGCCGCGCGCACUGCCGCAACGACGCCGACUGCCUCAAGCGCUGCGCCGACCGCUGUCUCCGAGCCGACUAGCUAUCAACAAACUUUAUUUCACUAAAAUCAUAUCAAAAUUGUCUGUAUAUAUUAUUUUUAGUGACUUGGAAAUUAUACAUCCUAAGACCAUCGCAUUGACACAAUGGAAUUACAAAUCAAAACACUAAAUUACGCUAAAUAAAAUAGACAUAAGUACUUAAUUGAUUAAUACACCUUAUUACACAA